AUGGACUCUUCAGCACACUUCAAUUUUGAGCAUUCGCCUGCCGAAAGUAAUAUUGAGAGCUUUGCAUCGACACCUGUUUCAUUCUGUCCAUCGCUCUUCGACAACACAAUGAAUCCAAUUGAGGUUCUAACACCACAGUCUUUCGAUGAUGAAUGUUUUUUCGGCAAUAUCACUGAUAACACCCCCAUGGAAAAGAAGCCAGUAAAAAAGCGUAAAUCUUGGGGGCAGCAACUGCCCGAACCAAAAACAAACCUUCCACCCAGGAAACGUGCAAAGACAGAAGAUGAAAAGGAGCAGCGACGGGUCGAGCGUGUACUUCGUAAUAGACGUGCUGCCCAGUCAUCACGAGAACGGAAGCGUCAAGAAGUCGAAGCAUUAGAGGCAGAAAAGCAAGCUAUUGAACGUAAGAACCUGGACCUUGAAAUGAGAUUGGCAGAUAUGGAAGCCAAAUACCAUCUUCUACAACAAGAGCUUGAGCGAUUUGGAGGUUCAGCUAUCCGCUCCUUCUCCGUUUCAACUCCGCCCCAAUCAGACAUUCGAGCCUCAUCCCCAAUCACGUUUUCUCAGAAAUUAUUCGCCUCUAGCAGCGAAACGCCAAGCUCCAUGACAACUCGAACCAUCAGUUCAGGAGUACCCGAAACUGUCGACCCAGCCUCACUCUCACCCGAGAUUCGACCUGUGGCUAGUUCUUCCAACGCUAAGUCUUCCGACCUGACACAACAUCCUGCCGCGGUGUUGUGCGACCUGCAGUGUCAGUCGGAAAUAACUCGGCCUUGGAAAAAUUUGAAGCCUACACUUUCGAUGAAAAUUUCUCGAGUAUUAGUGGCGACUUAUCUUAUAAUGACUUCCGCAACUUUUUCGAGCCUCCUCACCCCAAUCGCCCAGAUAAUGACCUCUUUGAAGAGGGGAUCGCCCCUCUCGCCGACACCUUCCAUUCUGAGCUUGAUCAUAUGGAUGGCCACCACAACGGUGUCUUUGACGAAUUCGUACUGUGUGACUUCCUCAAUGACGAACCUUCGACGACUGAAAUUCAGUGUCCGAACAAGCUUGCUGAGACGACUGCUAGCCUGCAGCCCCAAUUUGGCGCGUCCUCUUAUGGAUGCGACGAUGGCGGCAAUGCGGUCAGCGUCUAGACAGUCUAAGCUUCGGUCAGGUCUCUUAGUCGUGAAUGUAGGUAUCAGCGAGUGUGAGACACCUAGUUUCGAGGCUCUCAUGACACUUUUCUGGGUGGUUUAUCAAAAAGAUAAGGUUAAUCUGCGCCGAAAUCUCCUUUCGAAGCCGGACGCGGCUUCGGAACUUGAUAUGGCAGGGGUGAAGGUUUUAUUGGGACGAGAAGGAAGUUCCUACGAGUCGCAAUCCCAAGCCAAAAAUACAAAUGGCUCAAUGUUGGAUGGGGCGUUAUUUCAUGGGUGUUGUUAA